GAGAAAAGUUUAAAUUAGACAUCGAGGACCAGGAGGAGGAUGUGUAUCAGUCAGAAGAGGGGGACGAAACUGCGGAGGAGGUCGAGGAGGGACAGAGAGACAGAAGAGGAGGACGAUAAUGGGCAGGAGGGCGCGGGAGUGGUCACGGGCCAUGGGGGCCUCUGCGACGCAUUCUAAGUCCCUGCUCUGGGAUGUGGUCCAUUGCCAUCCGCAGCCCAGGCACUACAACUACCGUGUCCUGUUCGGGCCCCGCAGCGGCUGCGUGAUGGUCAGGCGCUGCUGCCAAUGGCCCAUGGACCCUGCAGAGGAUGGCGCGCCUCCUCAGGGGCAGGAAGACCUGGGAGAGGCAGGUGAGGUCUGGCGGAGCAAGUACCAAGCUGAGCGGGGCAUCGGCCUCAAAGGCAGGCCGCACUCAGCGCUGGCCUCUGGCGGUCAGGCAGUGGGUCAAAGCUCUCAAAAACCGUCAGGCAUGUUAUGCACAAGUUGAAGCCCAAUUCUCUAAAGACCUUUAGGAUCUUGAGAAAAGUAUGCUGCCUUCUACCACCCAAGGGGCAAACAAAUGGCAUACCUCACUUUUGGCUGACGGGCUUCUAAAAACGUAAAGAUUCUCAGUAGGAUGACCUGAGAAAAUGAUGAAAUGGCACAGGGGCACUUUUCAGUGGUUGAGGAAUCAAUGAGCUUCGCGGUAGAAUUUGUCUUUAAAUCGGGUGAACGUUUUCCAGUGACGUUCUGGCAAAAACAUACAAACAUGCUCUCAGGAUCAGAUGAUUUCGAUCCCUUCUCCAAAGGGCCAGAAGUAAUCAGCAGCACAGUGUGUGAGAUCUACUGGAAAGAGGGGGAAAAUGUUGUGAAAACUGUCAAGCAGCAGAAGUGUGAGGGCCAUGGAAGUGUUGUAUCAACCAGUAGGAGCAGGGCCAGCUAUUCUUUUCAUUUCUUUAUUUAUUUUCUGACAUAUUUGUCUUCUCCAGAUCCUCCCGAGGGCAGAGAACUAGAUUCUGCUGCUGAUUUUAAAUCGGGAAAUGUUGUCCACCACCUUGUGAUGCCAAAGUCCGUAUCAUUCGACACUAAAGAAGAGAGUGAACAUCGGUAUGAAAAUGCUGAUGAAGAGAAAGAGGAUGGAAAUGAGAAACCAGAAGAAGGACGCAAGCUGGAUAUGGUCUCAGCAGAGGGCAGCUCUGGAGAAUACAGCUGGAAGGCAUAAAAAGAAGUGGACAGCAAAAGAAAAGAAGAAAUUGUUCUUCACGGAUAUUCUAGUUUUCAUUAGCCCACAAUACAAAUGUUGUUUCAAAGUUCAACAUCCCAAAAUGAUAUUAACUGACAUCUGACUUUAUUCUUACCUUUGACAGGUAAAUUUGACAGUGUUGUUCACAUUGAAAAUAAAAGCUUGUUUGA